AUGCACCUGCCAGAGGCAGUGCACCUGCCAGAGGCAGUGCACCUGCCAGAGGCAGUGCACCUGCCAGAGGCUGUGCACCUGCCAGAGGCUGUGCACCUGCCAGAGGCAGUGCACCUGCCAGAGGCAGUGCACCUGCCAGAGGCUGUGCACCUGCCAGAGGCUGUGCACCUGCCAGAGGCUGUGCACCUGCCAGAGGCUGUGCACCUGCCAGAGGCAGUGCAGCUGCCAGCAGACUGCAGCUGCUGCAGUGCUGCACAGCUGCUCAGUAUACGCAGGGACUUCGUAGCCAUGCUGCUGCACAAGGCACAGCAGGAGGAGCUGUAUGCACAGCAGUACUGCACACUGGUGCUGUGCGUUAGCUGUGCUGUGGACGUGUACAGCGAUGAUGUGCGUACAGCACUCGCCCCCCUGAGUUGUGCACUGCAGCGCCUGCAGCAGAGCACAGCAGCGCUGCACGCUGUGCACACUGACCGUGCACAGCAUCUCUGCACGCAGAUGGCACAGCUGGCGCAGGACGUGGAGGCGCAGCUGGCUAAGGCUGAGAGGCAUCUCCUGCUGGGGACGUCGCUGAGGCCACUGCUGGAGGCCGAAGCCCUGGCCAGGUUCUGGGAACUGCUUGGUCGACUCAGAGUUCUGCGUGGGGGAGACGUGGGCCCCGGCCGAGACGCUGGUCCCGAUGGGGACAUGGAGGACGUGGUGGUCCGACGCCAUCUUAAGUCUCAUUUCAGGUGGACUGCGAGUUAA